GAGCCUGCGUAGAACGCCCAAGCGGAUGACGUUGCGCAGCAGUGCGGGGCUAUAGACCAAUAGCAGGGGGAGGCUAUCGCAAACAUCCAAUCAGAGACGCUCAGGGGCGGAGUCUACCAAUGCCUAAAGCGAGGAGGCGGGAUAAAAAAGCGAGGCCGAAGGUAGGCUGGCAGAUACGUUCGUUAGAUUACUCCUUUCUGCCCCUGGACGCCGCCGAGUAAGCAUCGUUAAAGUCUCCCCUCCCACCGCCGUCAUGUCUAAGUCAGAGUCUCCCAAAGAGCCCGAGCAGCUGCGGAAACUCUUCAUCGGAGGUUUGAGCUUCGAAACGACCGAUGAGAGUCUGAGGAGCCAUUUUGAGCAAUGGGGGACGCUUACGGACUGUGUGGUAAUGAGAGACCCCAACACCAAGCGCUCCAGAGGCUUUGGGUUCGUCACGUACGCCACCGUGGAGGAGGUGGACGCGGCCAUGAACGCCCGGCCGCACAAGGUGGACGGAAGAGUCGUGGAACCAAAGAGGGCUGUCUCCCGAGAAGAUUCUCAAAGACCCGGUGCCCACUUAACUGUGAAAAAGAUUUUUGUCGGUGGCAUUAAAGAAGACACUGAAGAACAUCAUCUAAGAGAUUAUUUUGAACAGUAUGGGAAAAUCGAAGUGAUUGAGAUCAUGACUGACCGAGGCAGUGGCAAAAAGAGAGGUUUCGCUUUUGUGACCUUUGAUGACCACGACUCUGUAGACAAGAUUGUCAUUCAAAAAUACCAUACUGUGAAUGGCCACAACUGUGAAGUAAGGAAAGCCCUAUCGAAGCAAGAGAUGGCUAGUGCUUCGUCCAGCCAAAGAGGCCGAAGUGGUUCUGGAAACUUUGGUGGUGGUCGUGGAGGUGGUUUUGGUGGGAAUGACAACUUUGGUCGUGGAGGGAACUUCAGUGGUCGAGGUGGCUUCGGUGGCAGUCGAGGUGGUGGUGGAUAUGGUGGCAGUGGGGAUGGCUAUAACGGAUUUGGUAAUGACGGUGGUUAUGGAGGAGGCGGCCCUGGUUACUCUGGAGGAAGCAGAGGCUAUGGAAGUGGUGGACAGGGUUAUGGAAACCAGGGCAGUGGCUAUGGCGGGAGUGGCAGCUAUGACAGCUAUAACAACGGAGGAGGCGGAGGCGGCUAUGGCGGUGGUAGUGGAAGCAACUUUGGAGGUGGCGGAAGCUAUAACGAUUUUGGCAAUUACAACAAUCAAUCCUCAAAUUUUGGACCCAUGAAAGGAGGAAAUUUUGGAGGCAGAAGCUCUGGCCCCUAUGGUGGUGGAGGCCAAUACUUUGCCAAACCACGAAACCAAGGUGGCUAUGGCGGUUCCAGCAGCAGCAGCAGCUAUGGCAGUGGCAGAAGGUUUUAAUUACUGCCAGGUAAGUAAACACCCUUUUAUGUUUUAAGUUAAUUUUUGUAAAUGAUAAUGAACCCAGUAACCCUAAUGUAGCUGAGCAGUGCAACAUAGUUAACAUUAUAAUUGCAGUAAAAUUGUGGAUGUUAAUAUUCAGAUCAGCAAAAUUUGUGGGAAACAAAACUUGCUAUUGGAUUGUAGCCUUGAGUCUUAAUAUGUUUAGAUUAACAACUUUAUUCCAUAUUGUUCAACAGGAAACAAAGCUUAGCAGGAGAGGAGAGCCAGAGAAGUGACAGGGAAGCUACAGGUUACAACAGAUUUGUGAACUCAGCCAAGCACAGUGGUGGCAGGGCCUAGCUGCUACAAAGAAGACAUGUUUUAGACAAUACUCAUGUGUAUGGGCAAAAAACUCGAGGACUGUAUUUGUGACUAAUUGUAUAACAGGUUAUUUUAGUUUCUGUUCUGUGGAAAGUGUAAAGCAUUCCAACAAAGGGUUUUAAUGUAGAUUUUUUUUUUUGCACCCAUGCUGUUGAUUGCUAAAUGUAAUAGUCUGAUCAUGACGCUGAAUAAAUGUGUCUUUUUUUAAAUGUGCUGUGUAAAGUUAGUCUACUCUGAAGCCAUCUUGGUAAACUACCCCAACAGUGUGAAGUUAGAAUUCCUUCAGGGUGAUGCCAGGUUCCACUCGAAAUUUAUUUGCAACCUGCUUGGGCACAGAAGCCAUUGUCUCCACAAACCUUGGUGUGGUUGAACUGACAGUUAAUGUGUUGUGACCUGGAGUUCACCGUUAAAAGGGUCACCCAAGCAAAGUCCUGGAGUUUAUUUGGUUAUUAUGAUUGUUGGCACAUCCUAUGCAAUAUAUCUAAAUUGAAUUAUGGUAUCAGAUAAAAUUAUAGAUGGGAUUAAAGCUUGUGUAUCGUCCAUUAUCAUGUGUAAUCAAUAAACGAUUUAAUAUUCUCUUGAA